CUUGGCAACACGACGCACAACACAGGCUCGGGAGGGACACAGAGGCGGUUUGGAUCAGGCCCUGGAGAACUGAACCAUGUCACGACCGAAGAAUCAAAACUAUAAGUGCCAUGGGUCGUCAAAAGGAAAAGAGCGAGAGCAGAGAGCAUCAAUUCGGUUCAAGACCACUCUCAUGAACACUCUCACAGAUGUCCUCCGCAACAGGCCAGGAUGGGUGGAAGUGAAAGAUGAAGGGGAGUGGGAUUUCUACUGGUGCGAUGUCAGCUGGCUCCGGGAGAACUUCGACCACACCUACAUGGACGAUCACGUGCGGAUCAAUCACUUCCGGAACCACUACGAGCUGACCCGCAAGAACUACAUGGUGAAGAACCUGAAGCGGUUCCGGAGACAGCUGGAGCGCGAGGCAGGAAAGCUGGAGGCGGCCAAGUGCGACUUCUUCCCCAAGACCUUUGAGAUGCCCUGCGAGUACCACCUGUUCGUGGAGGAGUUCCGCAAGCACCCAGGGAUCACCUGGAUCAUGAAGCCUGUCGCACGGUCUCAGGGCAAGGGCAUCUUCCUCUUCCGGAGACUGAAGGACAUCAUGGACUGGAGGAAGGGCACCGCCGGCAAGAAGUUCGCCAGCCUGGAGGCCCAGCCUGCCCGAGCCCCUACUGCCACUGUCAAUCCCUCCGGCACCCACGACACAAGAAGUUCUGAUGACCAAAAAGAUGAGCUGCCUGUGGAGAACUACGUAGCCCAGCGCUACAUCGAGAACCCCUACUUAAUUGGAGGCCGCAAGUUUGACCUGCGAGUCUACGUGCUGGUGAUGUCGUACCUCCCGCUGCGCGCCUGGCUCUACAGGGACGGCUUCGCCCGAUUCUCCAACACCCGCUUCACGCUGACCAGCAUCGAUGACCAGUAUGUUCACCUUACCAACGUCGCUGUGCAGAAGACGUCUCCUGACUACCACCCAAAGAAGGGCUGCAAGUGGAUGCUCCAGCGUUUCCGGCAGUACCUAGCAUCUAAGCAUAGCCCCCAGGCAGUGGAGGCACUGUUCAGCGAAAUAGACAACAUCUUCAUCAAGAGCCUGCAGAGCGUGCAGAAGGUGAUCAUUAGUGACAAGCACUGCUUCGAGCUAUAUGGCUACGACAUACUCAUUGACCAGGACCUCAAACCGUGGCUCCUGGAGGUCAAUGCUUCCCCUUCACUGACAGCCAGCAGCCAGGAAGACUAUGAGCUCAAGACCUGCCUGCUGGAGGACACGCUGCAUGUGGUGGACAUGGAAGCCAGGCUCACAGGAAAGGAAAAGCGAGUUGGAGGCUUUGACCUCAUGUGGAAUGACGGUCCUGUGAGCAGAGAGGAGGGGGCUCCUGACCUGCCGGGGAUGGGAAACUUUGUGACCAACACACACCUCGGCUGUGUCAAUGAUAGGAAAAACCAGCUGCAGCAGCUGUUCCGCUCCCUUCAAGUCCAGAAGAAAGCUUCCAGUUGACCCUGGCACGGAGGAAAGUCUGGAAGGUCCACCCUGGCCUCUCCCUGCUUGAUUCCUGCCAGCGCACUUCAUCGAAUUCCUCUCCCUCCUUCCAGCCUGGCAGCAGCUUUGCUGGCUAAGCACAGGCUGCUUGCUGCUUGGACUGGGCCCCUGCAUCUGCCCAGCCUGCUCCUGGGCAUCACUGCACCAGAAGACAGCCAAUCCUGGGCCUGGACAGGCUUUAACCUUGACAGAUUGGCUUGGUGCCAGAGCCCACAGAAGACAAGUGCAGUAAACUGUGCUCCCCUGGAAAGAUCAUGUCUAAUAAACGAGCUCAGGCCUUGCUUAGAGUCACUGGCACCAGGCCUGGCUCAAGGGAUGCUGUUGCCAUCAGCCAAGUC